AUGUUCAAAAAGGACCCAGAUUUGAAACCACUGUCUAAUCUAAAGAAUUCAGACCGAAAGAAGCUAUUCGCAAAGGUUGUGGAAGAUUACAAAGUUUCUAAUGUGCCGAUUGACUAUCUUUUCCCCAGUGACUCCAAACAGGGCAACUUCAAGUCACCGCUUAAGAUUUCGGGAACUAUCUACACAGAUGCAGAGAGUACUCCAACGUGGUUUAAAACGAAAGAUUCCAAUGUUCUGCCUUCCAUAAUGACGCUGUGGAGGUACCCUUCCCUCAUCCCAAUAGUUCUAACGAACGACAUGGUUAUCGGGAAACUGAUCAAUGGAGCAGACUUAAUGUUGCCAGGCUGCAUUCCUCCUUUUGACUCUAGGUGUGUUAAGGGGAGUAUUGUCGGAGUUGCUAGUUAUAAACAGCCAAAUGUUGUAUAUGCCGUGGGGGAGUGUUUGCUAGGUUUAAGUGAUGUGGAGGAAACUGUUGGUAAAUCUGGUGUUGCCGUAAGAGUUUACCACCAUUUCGAAGACCAUUUGUGUCAAUUGGCAAAAAUCACGCUUAAACCUCCCAAAGAAGAGGAAGCCUUAGAGACUAUCCUUCAGUUUCAAGAUGUGACUUCGGAACAACCAGUAGAAGAAGAUGGCUUGCACAAUAAUGCAGAAGCCCUCAAUAGUGAGGUUCAAGACGAAACCAUCGAGCAUGAGGCAUCCGAUUCUAAUGAAUUGGCGGAAGUUUUGACGGAGCUAACAGUGGAAGAUGUCGAUAUGUUUUUUGAAAGAGCUUUGCUUCAGACCAUCACUCAAGACAAAAUCUCACUUCCAAUUUCUGCAUCUAAUUUCAUGAACCAUAUCCUCAAAAAUAUGCCCCCUAUAGACUCCAGCCUGGUUACUAUGAAGAAGACUUCUUGGAAAAAAACUAGUAAGUAUUUGAAAGCCAUGCAAAAACUAAAGCUGUUAGAUCUAAAGGGUAAAGGGGAAGAUCUAACAAUUAUUUCCGUAGCAAGUUCUGACAAUGAAAAAGUCAGGAAGUUUGUGCCAUAUACGGUUAAAAGUGUCAACUCGUCUAAGCAGAGUCAGAACAAACCUUCCAAAGAUAAGCUUACCAUUCUGUUUUACUAUAAACCCAAUAGUUGCACUAGAAGUUUCUUUAAUGACAAUGAUAAAGUGACCAAUGUUUUAUACUCGCAGCAAGAAUUGAAGAACAUUUUAAAUGAGUAUAUUCGAAGCAAAGAUCUAGUGCGAGAGAAGAAUAAGAUAUUUUUAAACCCUCCUCUUCAGGAAAUUGUCAAACUGAAAGAGGGAAGAACUAUUGCACGAGACAAAAUAUUUUCUGAGUUCCUUAAAGGUUUUACUAUUAACCAUAAGAUAAUUCCAAUUAACACUCCAGAUGAAGAAGUAGAAUCAAUCAAGAUUAAAAAAGGGAAUGUUCCAAAAGUGGAAAUCGUGACAGAGAUGAGGAUUGGCAGGAAAGUCGUCACAAGAAUAUCCAAUUUUGAGGUCUAUCACAUAAAGGCGCAGGAACUUGCCAAUGAAUUAAGAGUCAAAUGUUCCGGCUCUACCACCAUAGGGGAAAAUAUCCAAAGUAAGUCGACCGAGGUUACUGUACAAGGACCUCAUGAAAAGAUCGUUCAAGAGUUGUUGGCAGCAAAGGGUUUGAGUCCAGCUUGGUUCAAUGUGACUAACAAACUGAAAGCAAAGAAAAAGAGAACUUAA